CACCAUUUUUCUAGAGAUAAUUAUUAUAAACACUCAAGAAGUCAGAAACUUGUAGCUUCUCCCGAGUUCUUCGAGAACUAUUUACUAAAAAAAAAUUUAUUCUGAUAUAAUAUUACUCAGAUCAUGAUUUCUGUUGUUGUCAUCACUGAGCUACUGGUUGAGUACACGGCGGCACUGGCCAAACUCACCGCCGGGAUUCUUCCGAGACGUCAAGGAGACAGAGACGUCGUUCGGAUCGGCGGUUUCUCUCUACGUUAUCCUCCUCGACCGACGACAACGAUUCCAGAUUUCUCUUCUCAUCUCGUUGACUUCUGAUCAGGGACCAACGAUCUUUUUUCAGAUCUCCGUUUUGUGUGAUUCGCCGGAACUUGUGACGGGAGAGACUUUUAUUUUAUUUUAUUUUUCCUUGAUUCUGUUAUCUCGUACUCUAGUUUUUUGUUGUUUAUGUGAGGAAAGAGUUUUGGAUCGAUUAGAGGUUUGUAAAAUUGUAUCGAGUUAUAAUUGAGAUAAUUAUUUUGAUAAA